AUGAGUACUUCGAAUCAAAUUGAAAUAGAUAAAUGGCUCUAUGAUGAUACGAAUAAAUCCUAUGCUUAUGAAUAUCAUGAAAUGUUUUUGCGUAUGCUGAAUUCAGUCGAUCCUCCGAAGUCACAUUGGUUAUUAAAAUGGCCUCUCCAUUCAGUUUAUCUUGAUACAGUAUUUGCUCGGUAUCCAAAUGCAGCAGUAGUCAUGUGUCAUCGACGACUUGACGAAGUUUUACCAUCAUUCUUUCGACUCAUACGCACCACUACUGGCUCCAGUUUUAAUGAGACUGAUGCUCGAACUUCAACUGCGUUGAAAACGCGAACAAUUCGACACCUGGAUCAAUUGACUGGACAUAUUCUAGAGUUUCGACAACGAUCACGUCAUCUACAAAAUACAUCGCACAUACCAAUAUUUGAUAUUGCUUAUACUGAUUUGAUGAAACAAACGAUCACUACUGUACAUCGUAUCUAUGAUCAUUUCGGACUUCGUUGGUCAAAAGAAUUCGAAAUGGCUAUGAACACUUGUGAUAAAGCAAAUUCACAAAGAGAAGACCCUCCUGGUGCAUAUCGUGGUAACGAUUGUGGACAUGGAAAUCAUGGCAGAUCUCAAGGAUAA